UCAUGUGCGGGCGGGGAGUGUGUUGUAAAAAGGACGAAGAUCAUCGGACAUAGUUCACGCGCGCAUCUACCAUUCAGUCCUGUAUCGUUCUACGGUCGGUCCAUUAAAUCCUGCACCUUUCAGACUCCGGUUUGCCAUAGUUCUCAACAGUAGCCUCAUAUCAGGAGUAAAGAAAAACGAGACAUGGUGAAACGAAGGCAAAGAAGGCACUUCACUACCAGGAGGUUCCUAUGGCCUGCUCUCCUGCUGAUUUCGGCGGUUAUUGCAACAUGGCAGUGGAAAAGUCGACCGAAGCAUGUUACAGCACUCACUCCUACGGACCUGCCGCGCCAGAAAACGACAGCAUUACGCCAGAAAGCCAGCAAGGCCGACGAGAGCUACUUCCUAUCUGCUGCGGAAUUCACGCCAACAGUCACGGUGAGGUUCAUGGGAUUUCGAGAUGCCGUCGCAACGUAUGGACACGUCGAGCAAAGCCUCUUGGAACUCAACCGCUUCCUGGCUGUUCAACUAAGAGGGACAGUGAGUAGCGCUCCUAAAGCUCUUGCGCGUCGCCUAAGAACCCUUUCCGUGACGACGCGAGAACGGGUUCGAUUUCUUCAUGAAGAGGUGAAGUCUUUAGCGAACCAGGCAGGCAUUAUCAAGAAGAAAGAUGAAGCAUUAUUGGAGCUGAAGAACAAGGUCAGCAGGCUUAUCGAAGUGAAUCAGCAGCAGGACAACUGUUCGAGAGUCUUGUCGUGCCGUCUGUCCAGCCGACAUGGGUUCUCUUCAGGAAUCCACGAUGUGCUCUGGUGUCUUGUCAGAGGUGUUUUGCUGAAGCGUCCAGUGGUGGUAGAUUCUCAGCCGUGGAGGUAUGACCCGUAUGGUUGGAGUCGAAUCUUUCUUCCACUGACCGACAAGUGUCCUGAGAAGCCUGACCGUUCAUCAACUUGGCCAGGAGGCACCCACUACACAAAGGAUCGCGGAUCAAUUCUGGAUAUUCCUGACGAUAUAGCGACAGAAUUGGUCGGGCUUCACACUGACCCUUACGCUUGGUGGUUUGGGCAGUUCGUGGCAUACAUCAUGAGACCUUCGGUGUCCUUAUUUGACAACCUACGCGAAACGAAGAGAAACAUCACCUUCAGGUCUCCUAUUGUGGGCUUACACAUCCGACGCACUGAUAAACGCGGCGAGGCGGCCCGACACGAAAUAAAAGAAUACAUGGAACACGCCGAUGAGUAUUUCGCCAAUAUCGCGGGGCCAGUACCAAGGCGCAUAUAUGUGGCAACCGAAGAUCCUUCGGUUUUCCCGGAACUACGGAAAAAAUUCCCAAGAUACGUCAUCCUGGGCGACGAGAAGGCAUCCCAAGAUGCCAGCAGUAAAACAACACGUUAUUCACCAUCUGCUCUGCGGGCAGUCGUGAAAGACAUUUUCCUUCUUUCCCAGUGUGACUUAGUCGUAUGUACUUUGUCAUCUGGAGUGUGUCGUGUUGCCUACGAACUCAUGCAAGCGCGACGUACCGACGCCACAUCUCAUAUAGUAUCGUUAGACGUCGACUACUUCUAUGCAUUCGUUCGAUUCCCGCCCAGGCGUAUCAUCUACCCACACCGAGAGACCGCGCCCAAGGAAUUGCGACUGCGAGAAGGCGACUGCGUCCAACGAGUGGGUGAUAUGUCAGUCAGUUACGAAGCACGAAAUAAGAAAUUUUGGGACGGCUACUCUGUUGGUGGUCGCCAAGGAACAAAACUUACGGGACUCUUUCCAUUGUUCAAGAGCGUACCACAAGUGCGUGUUUUACCCAAUGUUAACAGAAACGAAUCUCUUCAAAGAAGCUGAGUCUGAAGCA